AUGCGAGUCAAGACAUUGGCAUUUCUGUUGUUGUUGGUUGGUUCCCUGUCAGCGUUGAUUUGGGUUGCUUUGCUGUUGGUGACCUUUCAACAGCAGCAGAAUGGCAGUGCUGGUAGUAUUAGUAGUCUGCCAGAGGAUCGUGGCUUGACAGAGGAACGUCGCAAACUGCAGGCGUAUCUGGAAACAGCACAAGAUCGCAUCAAGGAGCUAGAAGACCAAAUCCAGGAAUUCCAAAAACACAAUUCCAACAAUCAUAACAAAAAUCAUAAUCACAACGACCACAACGACUGUCCCAAAUCAGACAAUCAGCAACAGAAAGAACCAAAAGAACUCAAUGAUGAAGAAGAACAACCGUUUGUGUCUCAAAAUCCCGUCUGUCAACUCAUUUCUACAACAACUACUACUGGUACUGGUAGUAGUAGCGCAAUUCCACAUGCAUCUGCCGUGUGGACUCAACAGAUUUCCCAAAUCCACAAGGCCAGUCAACUUUCCAACGAUCAUCGAUUCGACUUUUCCGACUUUACAGCCCAAUUGCUGCAUCUCGUUUCUCCACGGUUGCAUCAGAGUGUCAAGACCACACCCACGGCCAAUUGGCCAAAAGUCGAUGAAAUUCUACGCGUCGCUCAUGCGCGAUAUCAGUACAUUACUACUAAUAGUCAUCGAUUGCGCGCCGCCGACGAUCCACCUCCUCCACGUCCCGUCAAGAUUGUCAUUAUGGGAGGAUCCCUCCUGGUGGGGAUGAAUUGUCGCAAGAUCAUUCGCGAUUUGGGACUCCAAAUGCGUCUGCCGUUGGGAGAUUGUGCCUGGGGCACGCGUCUCGAACGACUGCUCAAUCAAUUUUUACUGGGCGGCACAUUGAUUGGUUGGAAUCAACGAGACGAACAAUUCAAUACCCAUUACGUCGUCCAAGUGACCAAAAUUGCCAUGGGUGGCACCAAUACACAAACGGGGACCAAAAUUUUGGAGUAUGAUCUCAUUCCCGACGAAGCCAAGAAUCCAGAUAUUAUUAUUAAUGCCUAUGCGACCAAUGAUAUGCAUAUCAUUACCAUGCUCGAAGCACAAUCGGGCAAUGCCACGUUGCGCGAUCGAGUGUUUGACAUGACACAAGACUUUGUCCGACGCGUCAUGGAUUACGAGUGUGUCGACGUAAUGCCACCACUGAUGAUUCACAUGGAUGAUUAUUUGGGCAAUGAACAACGGACCAUAUGGGCCACGACGGAAUUGUCACAGGGGAUUCAAGUGUUGGCCAAUUAUUAUGGAUUUGCCAGUGUUUCCUACAGCGAUGUCGUACGAGAAUGGGUCUACGGCGAUACACACGAAUACUGGUUCUCUCCGGAAGGUUGGUGGGAUACGGAUAGUGGCACUACAAGCAUUAUGACACGAGAAAUUCAUCCCAACAUGGGAAUGCACAUUGUGGCCGCAUGGGUCAUGGCAUACAAUUUGUUGCAUAUCACCACUACCUUUUGUAGUUUGGAAGGAUGGAACUUGUCGUCGUCGUCCAAAAAAGGAGUACAGUCGUUGGAGUAUACCAAUACCAAUCUAAACAAUCUACCGGUUCUGACGGGAAAUUACGUGCCAUUGGGUAAACCCAAACCUCAUGCCAAAGGACUUCCUCCGCCACUUACCAAAACAUUGUCACUGGAAAAUGUGAGCCAACUCUGGCAACAGCAACAACAAUCCAACCAACAACAAGCUGACGAUAGUACUCCAAGCCAUUGCUCCAACGAUGGCGUCAAGUGUCCCUUUUCGUGGCUCUCGGGAAUUUCCAAUGAAAUUACAAAACCGGAAGAACUAGAGGCAUACUUUAUGAAAUACACACAACUCCGCAAGGGAGAUUGGACAUUUCAAGAGGAUCAUCACAAAUUGGGAAUUGUGCCACAUUCCACCAUGAGUCCGUUUGUGCUGGAACUGGAGGCGGUGACACAAACCAUUCGCAAGGUCACCAUCUUUUACAUGAAAAGCUACGGGACCAAGUGGGCGGACAGCAAGGUACAAACGCAAGUGUGGAAACAACCAACCGGCAUGGACGAAUUUGAGCUCUUGCAGGAAAACGAGUUUGUGGGGUAUCAUGACAAACACACCAGUGAAACAUACACGGAAGCCAUGAAGUUGAAGGACCCCGUGGAAGCGGGGGCAACCUUGCGCAUUCGAGUGACACUCAUGACUGGCGCUACCUUCAAAAUCAUGGGGUUUGCCAUUUGCAGUUAG